GUGGUAUUGGAACCAGAAAAGAAAUUUACAACUCAGUCCUGAUAAAUUUUAUCGAUAUGUGGGUUCCAAAAGUAGAUUAUGUUUUGACUGUUUGUACUGGAAGUUCUUUGAUAGCAAAGACAGGUCAUUUAGAUGGCAAAAAAGCUACUUCAAAUAAGAUGGCAUUUAAAUGGGUUACUUCUCAUGGUCCAAAGGUAAAUUGGAUUAAACAUGCUAGAUGGGUAGUUGAUGGAAAAUUCUAUACAUCAGCUGGAG